UCAGCCUUCACGGGCGCGCGGUAAUUUGAAUACAGUGGAGGAGAAACUGGCUCCUCCAAAGAGAGGUUCCCGGCUUCGAACCUCAGGAGUUCAGUUAAGAAGAUGUCAGCUUUUACUCCAAGAAAAAGGAAGCAGCAUUCUUCGAACUAUAACAACCUAUUAUCGGACAUUCCAUCAAAGAAAUUAAUUUUGGACUUUGCUGAAAAUAUAUUUUCAUCACCUGAUCAAAAUUACAUUUGCCAAAGCAGUGAUAAAAAUGAAGAAAAUGUACAUUGCUCUGAACAGGGCCAUUUCCUUUCAAGUCCACUCAAAACAACUAAAAAAAACAGACUUCCACCUGCAAAUCAAGGUUCACCAUUUAAAUCUGCUGUGUCCACUGUAUCCUUUUACAACAAAAAUAAGUGGUACCUCAAUCCAUUAGAGAGAAAACUGAUAAAAGAGAAUAGGUCCAUUUGUCUAAAAACUAAUAAUGAAGACAAAUCUUUUCCCGUGGUGACAGAAAAAAUGCAGGGAAAACCAGUCUGCUCCAAGAGGUCGAAUAAAAAACCGCAAAAGAGUUUAACUUCUAAAUAUCAACCAAAGUAUAAAUGCAUCAAACCUCUAUCAAAGAAUUCUAAAAAUUCCAAGCAAAAUCGAGUGGCCUAUAAGCCCAUUGUAGAGAAAGAGAAUAAUUAUUAUUCAGCUCAAAAUAAUCUGAAUGCUCCUCGGGUUCUAAGCCAAAAAGUCAAACCACAAGUUACACUCCAGGGUGGAGCGGCAUUUUUUGUUAGUAGAAAAAAGCCCGGUCUUAGAAAAUCGACUCUGGAAAACAAGCCAUUACUGGGAGUCACACAAAAGAAUAUAUCAGAAGUGAUCGAAGAUUCUGAUUUAGAGACUGUCAGUAAAAGAAAAACUUUUCAGACAAGGCAAGUACCAAAGUGCUUGUUACUAGAAAAAGAACCAAGCGUCGAGCUGCUUCAUGAAAGAAGUAAAAAUGAAGAGAAAUCAAUAAAGGAUUCAUUAGGUGGAGUAGUUUCUUUAAGAGAAUGUAUGCCUAAUGAAAAUAAGUGUUUUCCUUCAGAGGAUUCUCUCAGUGAAAACAAGGCGGUUUCUCCUGAGUCCAUUGUCUAUCCCAUCUUCAGUGUGUCUUCGGUCAAUACGAAAAGAUCUUUAGUUGAAGAACAGUCUUCUGUGGGAUCCGUCAUAUCUGCUAACUUCUUGAAACAGAUCAAUACGCAGAAAAGUACUAAUACCAGAGAUACAAAUAAAGAAACAAAAGAGCAGCUCAUCAUUGACGCAGGUCAGAAACACUUUGGAGCAACCAUGUGUAAGUCUUGCGGUAUGAUCUAUACUGCCUCCAGUCCUGAAGAUGAACUACAGCAUGUUCAGCAUCACUACAGAUUUCUGGAUGGCAUCAAAUACACAGGCUGGAAAAAAGAACGCGUAGUAGCAGAGUUUUGGGAUGGGAAAAUUGUGUUGGUCCUGCCACAUGAUCCAAGUUAUGCUCUCAGAAAGGUAGAGGACGUCAAAGAACUUGUUGAUAAUGAAUUGGGCUUCCACCAAGCUGUUCCCAGAUGUCCAAACAAAACUAAGACUUUUCUCUUCAUAUCUGAUGAAAAGAGAGUAGUUGGGUGUUUAAUUGCAGAGCCCAUCAAACAGGCCUUCCGUGUCCUUUCUGAACCAACUGGUCCAGAAUCCCCAAGCUCUAAAGAAUGUCACCGGGCUUGGCAAUGUUCAGAUGUACCAGAACCUGCAGUCUGUGGAAUAAGUAGAAUCUGGGUCUUCAGACUAAAACGAAGAAAGCGCAUUGCACGACGAUUGGUAGAUACUGUCAGGAAUUGCUUCAUGUUUGGCUGUUUUCUCAAGAUUGACGAAAUAGCAUUUUCUGACCCAACACCAGAUGGCAAGUUAUUUGCAACCAAAUACUGCAACACCCCUAAUUUCCUUGUAUACAAUUUUAAUAGUUGAAGCCAGUGUCUACUAUAGAACAGUUACUGGGUGGAUGAGUUCAGACAGCCCCAUAUCAUAUAACAUUUAGUAAAUAUCAAAAUAAAUAUACUAAGACACACACAUACACAAAAACCUGUAUUGGUUUUGUUCCUUAUGAAUUGAAAAGUGAGGGAUAAAUUUGUUGAAAAUUUUCUGGGGAUUCAAAAAAAAUUUUUUUUUGGAUAAUAUAUACUGACUAGCACUGGAAUCCUUAAUUAUGAAACUUUGUAGCUAUUACUGGAAAAUGACAUGCCUCCUACAUAAAAACAUUGACAAAGCAAGGUGGUUUCCACAGAUAUGUGACCACUUACCUUUUAUAAAGCACACUUUUGCACCAGGAUUACCUCAUGCCCAAUCAGAAGCAAACAGCAAAAUUUAAAGAUGGGCAAAUAAUUUCCAUGCCCGGUCUUUAAAGGUAAUUCCUGAAUUUUGUACACAAAAUUCUCACUUUAUAGGUAUUGGCUGGAGCAAUUCAGUUUGAAC